GUGUGGAAUUGCAUAGCUGUGGAGAAGAUGUUGGUGCUAAACUGCUCUACCAAAUUACUGAUACUGGAGAAAAUGUUGAAGAGUUGCUUUCCUGAAUCACUCAAGGUUUAUGGAGCAGUGAUGAACAUAAACCGUGGGAAUCCCUUUCAAAAGGAAGUGGUAUUGGACUCAUGGCCAGACUUCAAAGCUGUCAUCACCCGACGACAGAGAGAGGCCGAGACAGAUAACCUUGACCAUUAUUCUAAUGCCUAUGCUGUGUUCUACAAGGAUGUCAGGGCUUACCGACAGCUAUUGGAAGAACGUGAUGUUAUUAACUGGGACCAAGUUUUUCAAAUACAAGGGCUGCAGAGUGAGUUAUAUGAGGUCUCCAAAGCUGUUGCCACUUCAAAACAGUUGGAUAUAAAACUAACUUCCUUCAAGGCUGUUCAUUUUUCUCCUGUUUCAACUCUUCCAGACACUAGUUUCCUGAAAGGAUCUUCUCCACGACUAACCUACUUGAGUGUCACAGAUGCUGACCUCCUCAACCGGACUUGGUCUCGGGGUGGCAAUGAGCAAUGUCUCCGGUACAUCGCCAAUCUCAUCUCUUGCUUCCCUAGUGUGUGUGUCCGUGAUAACAAGGGAAACCCAGUCUCCUGGGCUAUCACAGACCAGUUUUGCACCAUGUGCCAUGGCUACACCCUGCCAGAGCAUCGCAGGAAAGGGUACAGCCGGCUAGUGGCCCUCACCCUGGCUAGGAAGUUACAAAGCCGGGGAUUCCCCUCUCAGGGAAAUGUCCUAGAUGACAACAUGGCAUCUAUUAACCUUCUGAAGAGUCUCUGUGCUGAAUUCUUGCCUUGUCGUUUUCAUAGGCUUAUUCUGACCCCUGCGACUUUCUCUGGCCAGCCUCACCUCUAGCCCAGUGACACCAAGAAUUUUCUUACUUUCCCUAAACAUAGACACACUCCUGGCUGCCAAUGAUGGAAGAAUUAAAACUGGAAUCAAGAGAAUCUUGAGUUGUGGAAAAGGACCUGGGGAAGACAUAUAACAUCAACCUGAGAAGCCUUAACUCUUCCCAUCUCAGGUUUCUACAGGGAAGAACUACAGGGGUCAAGGGUGUUUGUGGCUGAGGACACACUGCAGGAGAACAGGUUCUAAAGCCAGCGGUUCUAAGCAUCCUAGCAGGAAUUACUGCACCAGAUCAAGUGAUUUAACAGACCAGGCAGCUACUGCUUUAUUCCUGCUGCUUGGGCUUCUGCUCUGUGUUCUCACAACCACACCAAUGCCCUCCUGCCACAACAUCCCCGUCUCCUACUCGCCAACCUGUCCUGUCUUCCUACCACCUCUGCCUCAAG